GCCAUGUCUACAGCACGAUUCACAGUCUCACCCCUCUCUCUCCCCUCUCAAUCAAACCUCCAAAACCAAAAUCAAAACCAAAACCAAAACCCACCUUGGAUUCCAACGCCUCAGCUUCUCUGUAAAUACCCCAUUCUUCGCCACCUUUCGUCUUGCAAAACCUUCAAAGACCUCACCCAAAUCCACGCCCAAACCAUCACCACCGGUAUAUUUUCCGACAACUUCGUUGCGUCUCGAAUCCUCUCCUUUGCGGCUCUAUCUCCCCAUGGCUCAAUCCCAUAUGCCCGUUUUCUCUUUUACCGAAUCCGAAAACCUGAUAUCUUUAUAGCUAACACUCUCAUUCGGGCAUACGCGUUUAGCCCCAACCCCAUUGACGCUGUUGUCUUCUAUUCGGAAAUGACUGAGUCUUCCGUUGUUUUUCCUGAUGUUCAUACAUUUCCUCUUCUUCUCAAGGCGUGUUCUGAGAUCCCGUCUCUUCGGUUGGGUGAGGCAAUUCACUCUCAUGUGUUCAAAUUAGGGUGGUCUAGUGAGGUGUCCGUUUCAAAUUUUUUGGUUCAGAUGUAUGCCUCUUGUGGUUUGAUCGAGUCUGCAGAACUUGUGUUUGAUAGAACUCCUGAAUGUGAUGGUGCUUCGUGGAAUAUAAUGAUAGGUGGGUAUUUGAAGUGUGGUGUUUUCAAGUCUGCUCGUAGAAUGUUUGAGGCUAUGCCUGACAGAGAUGUUGUUUCUUGGAGUGUGAUGAUUAAUGGAUAUGUGCAAGAGAGUCGUUUCAAGGAGGGGUUGGGCCUUUUCCAGGAUAUGAUGGAUGAGAAGAUAGAGCCCAAUGAAAGUGUUCUGGUGAAUGCUUUGUCUGCCUGUGCUCAUUUGGGAGCAAUGGAACAAGGGAAGUGGAUUGAAAGGUAUAUGGAAAGAAAGAAUGUCAGAUUAACUGUUCGGUUAGGUACAGCUUUGAUAGACAUGUAUUCAAAGUGUGGAAGUGUGGAAAGAGCAUUGGAGGUUUUCCAUAAGAUGAAAGAGAAGAAUGUAUUGGCCUGGAGCGCAAUGAUCAAUGGACUUGCUAUUAAUGGUCAAGGCAAGGAUGCACUGAAUCUAUUCUCUCAAAUGGAAAUGCAGGGUGUAAAACCCAAUGAAGUAACUUUCAUUGGCAUUUUGAAUGCUUGUAGCCAUUCAAAAUUGGUUGAUGAAGGAUGUAGCUUUUUUCAUUCUAUGACAAGUAUUUAUGGCUUAAAACCUAAUGCCCAUCACUAUUGUUGCAUGGUUGAUCUGUAUGGCCGAGCAGGAAUGUUGGGUCAAGCUCAAACUGUGAUAAAAAGCAUGCCUUUUAAGCCCAAUUCUGCAAUCUGGGGAGCCCUUCUCAAUGCUUGUAGAAUCCAUGGGGAUACAGAAUUAGGUGAGCAAGUGGGAAAACGAUUGCUUGAGCUGGAUCCAAACCAUGGUGGGAGGUAUGUUCUGCUCUCAAAUAUAUAUGCUGCUUGUGGAAGAUGGGACCGUGUAGCAGAGCUGAGGAGAAUGAUGAGAGAACGACAGGUUAGUAAAACACCUGGCUGUAGCUUCAUUGAUUUAGGGGACACCAUUCAUGAAUUUGUUGCUGGUGAUAGCUCCCAUCCACAACUUGAAAUGAUUUAUGCCAAGUUGGGUGAAAUGAGACAAGAACUAAAGGCUGCAGGCUACAAGCCUGAUACUGGUCAAGUAUUGCUGGAUAUGGAUGAGGAGGAGAAGGAAACCGCACUCUGUCACCACAGUGAAAAGUUGGCCAUUGCAUUUGGGUUAAUCAAGACUGAUCCAGGGACAACCAUUAGGAUCACAAAAAAUCUUCGGGUUUGUGCAGAUUGCCACUCUGCUACCAAGCUAAUUUCAAAGAUCUAUAACAGGGAAAUAAUUGUAAGAGAUAGAUGUCGUUUUCAUCAUUUCAGGGAUGGUUCUUGUUCUUGUAUGGAUUUCUGGUGAACCAUGGUUGGAUUACUCACUUUGUAGGGAAAACACUUGAUUACUCUAAAAACUUGUCUUUAUGUUAAACAAAGAGGUAAAGAGUUACUUCUCUUUCCCCUUUCUGGCAAGAGUGGUUUUCCAUUGA